GGCGUUAGAAUCGAUGCACCUUCAGAGCACCUUGGCGUUCUGCUGCAGGACCGCCAACAUGAUGGGUUAUCGUGCCCUGAUACGAAAUUUUGGCAAAUUGUACACCCUGACUGGACAGGCGCCUCAAAGAUGCUUAGCGGUUACUGCGGGCCAGAUGCAAGCUGUGCAAGAGCCAGUGUCACGGCCUCAGGCCAAGAUAAAGUGUACUCUCAUUCCGGGAGACGGUGUGGGGCCUGAGCUAGCAGAUGCUGUGAAGAACGUCUUCCGUGCCAUCAGCGUUCCCAUCGAGUUUGAAGAAAUAUUCCUCAGUGAGAUUCACCACACAAUGAGUGCACCCUUGGAGACGGCUAUAGAGUCCGUGCAGCGAAAUGGAAUCGCUCUCAAGGGCAUCCUCACCUCUCCCGACAUUUCCCACACCGGAGAACUGCAAACCCUCAACAUGAAGAUUCGCAACCAACUGGACCUUUUUGCCAACGUGGUGCACGUGCGAAGUCUGCCGGGGAUCAAGACCAGACACAACAACCUCGACUUCUACGUCAUCCGAGAACAGACUGAAGGAGAAUACAGUGCUCUCGAACAUGAGAGCGUGCACGGAGUGAUCGAAUGCUUGAAGAUCGUGACGGAAACAAAGUCUCGCAAGAUUGGGAAAUUUGCGUUUGACUACGCAACUAAGCAUGGCCGUAAGAAGGUGACGGUUGUACACAAGGCCAACAUCAUGAAGCUGGGUGAUGGACUGUUCUUGCGAUGCUGCCAGGAGAUAUCGGAGCUCUACCCUCAGAUCGAGUUUGAGUCCAUGAUCAUCGACAACACAUGCAUGCAGUUGGUGGCCAAUCCACACCGCUUCGAUGUGAUGGUGAUGCCCAACCUGUACGGGAACAUCAUCGACAACCUUGCUUCUGGCCUGGUCGGAGGAGCAGGUGUGGUGCCAGGUGCCAGCUAUAGCUCCGACUGCGUCAUCUAUGAACCGGGUGCAAGGCACACAUUUGGAGAAGCCACGGGCAAGAAUAUUGCCAACCCGACAGCAAUGUUUCUCUGUGCUGCCCAAAUGCUGCGGCACGUCAAUCUCCACUACUAUGCCACGCUUCUGAAAGAUGCUGUCGAAAAAGUCAUCAAGAGUGGAAAGGUGCGCACGAGGGACCUUGGGGGAUACGCCAGCACGACGGACUUCACGACUGCUGUCAUUCAGCACCUUCCACAUUAGAUUUAGGAUAUAGUGCAAAUGCAAAGAGAGUUUUCUGGAAGUCAUUAAAAGAGCUUUCGUGGCUUA